CUUCAAAAGUCGACCAGCUGUGUCUUCCUCAACUCUACACACCCUCCCCACAACACAAUGGCAGCAGCAGUAGCACGCAAGCACGCCCUCGUGACGGGCUCGACGUCGGGUAUCGGGCGGGGCAUCGCGACGGCGCUCGCGGCGGCCCGGUACGACAUCACGCUCAACGGCUUUGGGAACCCCGACGACAUUGCCGCGCUGCACAAGGAGCUCGAGACAUUCUACGGCGUCAAGGUGCGCUACUCGAACGCGGACAUGAGCAAGCCCGCCGAGAUCAAGACUAUGAUCGAGCAGGCUAUUGCGGAUGGCGGGUUGGACGUGCUGGUUAACAAUGCUGGCGUGCAGCAUGUGUCCCGGGUCGAGGACUUUGCAGACGACGCAUGGGACCGGGUCAUCUCGAUCAACCUCUCGUCCGCGUUCCACACGAGCAAGCACGCCCUCCCGCACUUCCAGGCCAAGGGGUGGGGCCGGAUCGUCAACAUUGCCAGUGUACACGGCCACAUUGGGAGCACGAACAAGGCGGCGUAUGUGGCUGCCAAGCAUGGGAUCGUGGGGUUGACCAAGGUCCUCGCCCUCGAGAACGCAAACCAAGGCAUCACCGCCAACGCAAUUUGUCCCGGCUGGGUGCUCACCCCGCUCGUGAAGGAGCAGAUCGAGGCGCGCGCAGCCAAGAAUGGCACGACGGUGGAGCACGAGACGAAUGCGCUGCUGGGCGAGAAGCAGCCCAUGCUCAAAUUUACUACGCCGGAGAAGAUUGGCGCGACGGUCGUGUUCCUGUGCAGCGAUGCCGCCGACACGAUCACGGGGUCGAGCUUGACCGUGGAUGGGGGAUGGACGGCGCAGUGAGCCGCCGCGCGCCGCGCACCACCGAGGCGGGCGGGUGACUCUGCCGACGUAGAAUGUGUAGAAGCAGCCUAGAGCGGUACUGGGGCGUGCCAUGGAGCUGCGCCACCCACACGACCUGCAUGCGCCGGCCUUGCCACAAUGCACACACACAACAACGCUACGGCUUUGCCGCCCCCGGGCCCGAAAUGGGCCAUGGCCUCUCUCUCGAACAUGCUUAUCCGAGCCACACCGACCUGGCCCGGGGCCAAACAGUGGUAGCUGCCGGCCUGCCGAUCCGGGGCACGACCCCGUUCCAGCCCCGACACAAACAAAGCGCUCGGCGCGUCAGCCUUCCUGCACUUAUGCGGCUUGGCGCGGCGCCGACGACGAGCGGGGAUAGGCUGGGUCGGUGUCGUCUGCCCGCACGGUGCGGUUUGGGGUGCUCGGUGCCGCUGCGAG